AUACUUUGUUGGAAUAUUUUAGCAUCUAAAUAUACCCUUUGUUGGACUGAUUAACUUCAUCUAAAGUGAAUUUAUGAUCUAAUGUCUGAUUUUGUUGCAUUUAUUUCUUUAGAGCUUUGGUUAAAUGACAUAUUUUGAAUGAGGUUUUAAACAACUUUCUUAACUCAUUCGGUUAUUUUUCGUAUUUCUUUCUCUCUCUCUGCGUACUCUCCCCUCUGUAGCCCCAUUUUGGUUGUCUCUGCCUGGCUUCUAUGGAGCUUGGGUGCAGAACCAGCUUUCAUAGUGGGGGCCCCUGGGCAGUCACAGGCUACUUCAUGGAAUGCCUGGUCCUGGCUGGCGGGUGCCCUCCAUCCCUCCCUAGACCAUCACUCCAUAGGCAACACGGAAGCUGCCAGCCCUCCUUCAGGCAUGAAGGGGUAGCAAUAAAUUACCUGUGGAACCAAGAGGAGAAAGAGGCAGAAAUAACUUGGAGCCAAGUCACCAGUCACAAAGGCAAGAAGAAGCUUCCUAAUAUUUUGACAACUAAUGUGUUCUUCGGCUCACUUUCUAACUGGUCUAACCAAAACCCAACAGUCUUACUGUCAGAUUUAAUGUAUGCCCACUAUUUCCUUCAGUGCUGGACAGGCUUCUGUGAAGGGGACGUCACCUUUUCCCUUUUUCCAAGAUGGCUCAAGAUUCAGUAGAUCUUUCGUGUGAUUAUCAGUUCUGGUUGCAGAAGCUUUCUGUAUGGGAUCAGGCUUCCACUUUGGAAACUCAGCAAGACACCUGUCUUCACCUGGCUCAGUUCCAGGAAUUCCUGAGGAAGAUGUAUGAAGCCUUGAAAGAGAUGGAUUCUAAUACAGUUAUUGAAAGAUUCCCCACAAUUGUUCAACUGUUGGCAAAAGCUUGUUGGAAUCCUUUUAUUUUAGCAUAUGAUGAAAGCCAAAAAAUUCUAAUAUGGUGCUUAUGUUGUCUGAUUAACAAAGAGCCACAGAAUUCUGGACAAUCAAAACUUAACCAUUGGAUACAGGGUUUAUUAUCUCAUAUACUUUCAGCACUCAGAUUUGAUAAAGAAGUUGCUCUUUUCACUCAAGGUCUUGGAUAUGCACCUAUAGAUUACUAUCCUGGUUUGCUUAAAAAUAUGGUUUUAUCAUUAGCAUCUGAACUCAGAGAGAAUCAUCUUAAUGGAUUUAACACUCAAAGGCGAAUGGCUCCUGAACGAGUGGCAUCCCUGUCACGAGUUUGUGUCCCACUUAUUACCCUGCCAGAUGUCGACCCCCUGGUGGAGGCUUUGCUCGUCUGUCACGGACAUGAACCUCAGGAAAUCCUCCAGCAAGAGUUCUUUGAGGCUGUAAACGAGGCCGUUUUGCUGAAGAAGAUUUCUCUCCCUGUGUCGGCUGUAGUCUGCCUCUGGCUUCGGCACCUUCCCAGCCUUGAAAAAACAAUGCUGCAUCUUUUUGAAAAGCUAAUCUCCAGUGAGAGAAAUUGUCUGAGAAGGAUCGAAUGCUUUAUAAAAGAUUCAUUGCUGCCUCAAGCAGCCUGCCACCCUGCCAUAUUCCGGGUUGUUGAUGAGAUGUUCAGGUGUGCACUCCUGGAAACUGAUGGGGCCCCAGAAGUCAUAGCCACUAUUCAAGUGUUUACACAGUGCUUUGUAGAAGCUCUGGAGAAAGAAAACAAGCAGCUGCGGUUUGCACUCAAGACCUACUUUCCGUACACUUCUCCAUCUCUUGCCACGGUGCUGCUACAAGGCCCUCAAGAUAUCCCUCAGGGACAGUGGCUCCAGACAUUGAAGCACAUUUCUGAACUGCUCAGAAAAGCAGUUGAAGACCAGACUCAUGGGUCCUGCAGAGGUCCCUUCAAGAGCUGGUUCCUGUUCAUUCACUUUGGAGGAUGGGCUGAGAUGGCAGCCGAGCAGUUACUGAUGUCGGCAGCUGAACCCCCCACGGCCCUGCUGUGGCUCUUGGCCUUCUACUAUGGACCUUGUGAUGGGAGGCAGCAGAGAACACAGACCAUGGUCCAGGUAAAGGCUGUGCUGGGCCACCUCCUGGCAAUGUCCAGAAGCACCACCCUCUCUGCCCAGGACCUCCAGACGGCAGCGAGACAGGGCACAGACACAGACCCCAGAGCUCCUGCACAACAGCUGAUCAGGCACCUUCUCCUCAACUUCCUGCUCUGGGCUCCCGGAGGCCACAUGAUUGCCCGGGAUGCCAUAACCCUGAUGGCUCACACUGCUGAGAUAACUCACGACAUCAUUGGCUUUCUUGACCAGACCUUGUACAGAUGGGAUUGUCUUGGUAUUGAAAGCCCUAGAUCAGGAAAACUGGCCCGAGAGCUCCUUAAAGAGCUACGAACUCAAGUCUAGCAAGGCACACAGGCUGUGUGGGUGCCCGGCGUGAGGGAUCAGGCUCACUAAGGCCACAGGACAGGUGAUGACCCCAUGGCCAUGCAUUUGUGGAGUAAGUGUUCCCUGUGGGCUGUGAGAAUGAGCCAUACAUAUCUUGGGAAGAUCUGCUAGUAUCUGUUUUACAAAAUGCAAAGCCAGGUCCCUCAGCCCAAACUCAGUCAGGCAUGUUCACCAAUGACUUGAGUGAGCCUUCAGCUCCCCUAAUGCCUGCCUGGCCAGACCAUCAGCCGGAGAACUACUGGAGCAAAGGCCUGGGUGGGAGAACAGGUUUCUAAUUUUUACCCAAGUCAAGAUGCAUAUCUAUUAUUUAAAGAUUCGAAAUCUUAGAACCAAUAAUUUGGUCAUGAACCGUUAAAUAAUUUAGAGAGAACUUAGCUGUUUUCCAUACAUCAUUUUUUAGGAAUCAGGGAUCUGAUAUAAAGCCACAUGUAAAGUCUUGCUGUAUGGAGAAAUUCAUCAUCCAAGGGGAGCCAGGGUCCCUCAGGCUUCCCUUGUGUCUCCCUGGACCUGCCUGACAGGCCAUGGGAGCGGACAGCACACCCAAGCCAGGGCCUCCUGCACACCCUUUCCACUUUCUAUCUGCUACACGCUGACUGCUACCAAAGAGCUGCAGGGACAUCAGAGGAGCCGGCUGGCGAAGGUUAGAGGAUGUGUUCCAGAAACAUUAGAAGACAGGAUUAGUAGCAGUUAGUUAUCGUGUUAAACCGAAAUGGGAAUUGGAAAUCCCUGAUAAAGAGUGGGCCUGGCUGGUGCGGGGCUCACACCUGUGAUCCCAGCACUCUGGGAGGCCAAGGCAGGUAGAUCGCUUGAGCAGAAAAGUUCCAGACUAGCCUGGCCAACAUGGCGAAACCCCAUCUCUACUAAAAAUACAAAAAUGAGCAGGGUGCAGUGGCACGCACCUGUUAACUCCAGCUACUUGGGAGGUUGAGGCACGAGGAUUGCUUGAACCCAGGAGGCAGGAGUUGUAGUGAGCUGAGGUCUUGCCACUGCAUCCCAGCCUGGGCAGCAAAACAAGACCCUGUCUUUUUUUAAAAAAAGGCAUUGGUAGUCUAAUCUCAAAGUUAAUACUUAUUUUAUGUCAGUAGACGAUGCUUUUUCCUUUCAGAGUCAUUCUGGAAUUGUAUUGAUUGUACAUUCUUUUGUGUCUAUUCUGUUUGUCAAGUGAGUCAAGACUUCCUUUUGUCCAUUUUGA